UUCAACGGAGCGACACGUGGUUUGUGGUCCCGCGAGUUAAAAAAAAAAAGCGGAGGAGAGAGCUCCGCACAGCGAGAGGCUUCCAGAGCAAACGCACCAUGUCUCUGUACCGCAACUGCGCCUGGUUCCUGAAGGGAAUGACCGAGUUCACCAGGAGCGCCUUCCUGACGGCUUCCAAGAGGUUCGUGGAGAAGGACCUGGAGGUGGCGGUGGCGGGGCGCGCCUUCAUGAUAACGGGGGCCAACAGCGGCAUCGGGAAGGCGACCGCCAUGGCCAUCGCCAAGAAAGGCGGAACGAUCCACAUGGUGUGCAGGAACAAGGACAAGGCCGAGGAGGCGCGGGCCGAUAUCGUCAAGGAGACCGGAAAUAAAGAGGUGUACGUCCACAUCCUGGACCUGACGGAGACCAGGAAGGUCGGGGAGUUCGCCGAGGCCUUCAAGAGGAAGUACAAGGCCCUCAACGUGCUGAUCAACAACGCCGGCGCCAUCAUGAGUGAGAGGGACGUGAACGCCGAGGGGCUCGAGAAAAGCUUCGCCUCCAACGUCCUCGGGGUUUACAUUCUCACCAAGGGUCUCAUUCCCUUGAUGGAGAAGAGCGCCGAUCCCCGAGUGAUCACGGUGUCUUCGGGAGGGAUGUUGGUGCAAAAGCUCAGGACGGGAAACCUGCAGUCAGAGAGGGGCCGCUACGACGCCACCAUGGUCUACGCCCAGCACAAAAGGCAGCAGGUGGUGAUGACGGAGCAGCUGGCCAAGACUCACACUAACAUCCACUUCUCCGUCAUGCACCCCGGCUGGGUCGACACUCCAGCGGUGGCCAACGCCAUGCCGGACUUCCACCGCUCCAUGAAGGACAGCCUGCGGGCCCCCGAGCAGGGCGCCGACACCGCGGUCUGGCUGUCUAUCGCCGAGGCCCCGCCCACCAACCCCAGCGGCCUGUUCUACCAAGACCGGAGGGUGGUGUCCCCCCACCUGCCGCUGGCCUGGACCCGCAGCUCCCCGCUGGAGGAGCAGAAGUUCAUGUCCCUGCUGGAGGACCUGGCCAAGACCUUCCAGCCGCACUGAAGCGGCAACACCUCCGGUCCAACGCCGACUCCAGGCCGGGCUUGGCCCCGCCCCGCCCCCCCACCCCCCGGGGACUUAACACGCCGCCCGCGUCGCGCCCCCAUCCGCGUGACACGCAGCGGAGGACGGGGGCAACGUCUAUAAACGCUUUAUAACUAUUUUUAUAACACGUUUCCUGAGGAUUUAAGAGUGUUUUUAUUCCCCCUUAAAUGAGCUUUCAAACCUUUGUCUAAAAUGCACUGUGACUUUAAGAGAGCUGUCAAUCAGAUGGGAAUCUGAUGAGACCAAAGUCCCUCCCACGCACUGCAUCCUUCAUAAUUCUAUUUACUGUGUGUUUCUCAGAGCUCUCUGUUCGCCGUGUGCCUUUAAAAGAAUAAAACAAAGAGAUAAAACUUAAAGCAACAACUGAAAAACUGUCUGAGCUGAUGUUGUAAAUGUCUGCUUGAAUAAAGAAACUUACACAUUU